AUGUCUGUCCCUUUAAGUGCCCAUCUGUUCUCAAGUGCCUGUUACCACCAUCCCUUCUACCAUGUGGUUAGAGACACGAUGGAAGAACAUCCGCCAAACCUUGCUGCUUCUGUUCACCUCUGCUCUUCUCAUCGGGGUCACCAUGCUGGCCAUCUCCUCUAACAUCAACCCAGUAGGCUACUUCUUCCUCGGGGUAGGGGGAGUGUGCCUGGUAGGCUAUUUGCUGAGUGUGUUUGUGGAGUGUUACCUGAGGAAUCAACAUCGGCGUGAUGCAAAUGAAAUACCUCCAAACAGGCAAAGCCAAGCAGGGGUGAAUGCUGCCUACGAAGCACCCACCUAUGAGGAGGUGAUGACCAUGUCAGCUCCAGCCAUAUGGACAAUUACAUCCAACCCAGGCUCUGUGCCCUCGCCGCUGAGCGAGCCUCCCCCGUACAACGUCGUUAUUGAAUCCUCUGCCCAGCAAGACAUGAUGGUGGAGGCUCUCCGGGGACCAGUGCCACCAGACACAGUGCACACCUCUGAGACAGACACGGGCUUCAGGACACAGCUGCAGCUGGUGCUGCCUCCAAGACUGCAGCGGUUUGUUUCGGACAUCCAUGAGAACAAAAAUGUUGAAGAAAGGUUUGAACCACUGGAGCCACUCACUCCACCACCUGCUUACGAGACUGCCAUCAGUGAUGAGGUCUUUGCAGAUGCUCACCAGCCCUCUGCAUUAGGACUGAUUUCACCUUCGAUGAACACAGAACCAAACCCCCACCUCAAUACAGGAUGUUCCUAG